AUGGCCGCCUCUGAUUCUGAUAAAGCUAUGUUCCAGAUAGCUCAAAACGAGAUUUUGACUACUGACGUACGGUAUUACCAGGCGUCCGCCACUUUACAGGUCAAGCAGGACUUAGAGGCGGCCUGGAAAAAGAUCUUAGAGCUGGAGAAAUUUUUAAAGGACCUUAAGGCUGAGCUCAGGCCUCUAAAGGAGGCGGAUAAGGAGGCCGAGGGACUCCGCGCUCGGGUGAACAAGCUCAAGGGCCGCCUGCAAAAUCAAGAGGCUGACCUCACCCAGAAACUUAACGAAAAAGCUGAUGAAGAGAAGAUGGCCAUCGUUCAGGACAUGAUGGAGGACACAAACGCCAUCAUGAAGAUGACUUGGGCGACCUCCUUCCCUGAUACCAGCUAUGAAAAAUGGGGGAGCCAAUUCGCCGUCUGUUCUGAUCAAUUCAACAAGAAGAUUAUGGGACAGGAAGACGGUGAGGAGGACGUGGAUGAGGAGGCGUUCGACUUCAUUUCCGGGGAGUCGGACCAGGAAGAGGAGGAGAAGCAGGAGGCGGACGGUGAUGAGGAGCCGCCGCAGGAAGAGGCAGAUGCCGAUAAGGAACAUGCGCCGGUUGAUGAUCCAAAUCAAGCGGCUGUCAACCUUGUAGGUCCUCCUCCAACUGCUUAA